AAACUUCUUCGAAUUUCCUUCAGUUCAAUUAUUCCUAGAAAAACAAAAAACAAAACAGAAAAUGGCGAAUCUCCUCCGAAAAUCCCUAAUCCAGUGCUCCGAUUCUCUCCCGCCAUUUUCCGGCAAUCCAAACACAAACACGUCUCUCGCCGGAAUCUGUCUCUCUUCCGCCGUCGGCCAAUCUCUGAAUCUGAGAGCUCAGCGCCUCCGCCGCCGUUAUGAUUGCCCGGCGAGGCGCAGAGUUCGAUUCGAAGACGAGGGCGAAGACGAGGAUUACGGCCACAACGAACAGGUGGCGCGGCUGGAAUCUUACACUCAGGCCGCCGUCGGCGAGGCGCUCAUCGUUCACGCGGCGGUCGGCGGCGAGAAUGUUGAAGUGCUCAUCUUCAAGGGAUUCUCGUCUUGCUUGAGCUACGCAACUUCGCCAGAUCCAUCGAGAAGCGUUCUUCCGGCGAGGGCGGUGAUAAAAUCCAUAGAUAGAAUCAAAGGCCCCUUUGAUCCUUCCAAUAUUGAAUACCUUGAGAAGGGCAUCACUUGGGAAUCCUUCAACUUCCCCAAAUAGUUCAAGUUCAUAUCGUUGCUUAAUAUACCUCUUACGUAAUUGAGUAGCAUUUUUCAAUGUACUAAAAAAAGAAAAAAAAAUCGAGUCGCAUUUUGUCUAUUAUUACAUUUUAGAUUUAAAUAUUUUUUU